CUGCACUAAGAAUUGCAUCAAUUCGCAGACUUCAAAGCCUCCUCCCCCACCAAACCGCUGCCUUUGAAACAAGCACAAUGGCGACGGUAGCCAAGGAGCCGGCAGCUGCUGACAAGAAGCAGCGGCCCAAUGCGCUGCGAUCAAUCAUUGCUGGCUCAACCGCCGGCGCGAUUGAAAUCGCCAUUACCUAUCCCGCCGAAUUCGCAAAGACAAGGUCGCAGCUCAACAGACGGCUAGCAGAGGGCAAGAAGCUGCCAUGGCCACCCUUUGGAGCGCAGUGGUAUGCGGGAUGCACCACGCUCAUCAUCGGCAACUCUGCCAAGGCGGGAAUCCGAUUUGUUGCGUUUGAUCAGUUCAAGAGCAUGCUCGCCGACGAGAACGGGAAGCUCUCUGGCCCACGAACUGUCUUGGCCGGCUUCGGUGCCGGAGUCACAGAGUCGCUGCUCGCUGUCACUCCCACCGAGAGUAUCAAGACGACUCUCAUCGACGAUCGCAAAUCCGCCAAGCCUCGCAUGCGCGGUUUCCUCCAUGCCGUCCCCAUCAUCGCCCGUGAACGUGGUAUCCGCGGUUUCUUCCAGGGCUUCGUCCCUACGACAGCUCGCCAGGCAGCAAACAGUGCCACCCGCUUCGGUGCCUACAACUUCUUCAAGCAGAUCGCCGAGUCAUAUACUGCGCCAGGAGAGAAGCUUGGCACCGUAGGCACCUUUGCCAUGGGUGGUCUUGCAGGUCUAGUGACGGUAUAUGUGACUCAGCCGCUCGACACAGUCAAGACACGCAUGCAGAGUAUCGAGGCGCGGACGCAGUACGGCAACACAUUCAGGUGUGCUGCCAUGAUCUUCAAACAGGAGGGUAUUCUCACGUUCUGGAGCGGAGCGCUCCCCCGACUGGCCAGAUUGGUGCUCAGCGGAGGCAUUGUGUUCACCAUGUACGAGAAGAGCAUGGAUCUGAUGAACAAGCUGGACCCCGAGAUGAAGUACAUCUAAGAGAGGGAGGGAACCAAAAAAGAAAAAAAAAAAGGGAAGAGGAAGCAGUCUGGUCUGGCGUUUAGGAUUUAGAUGGGGAUUAUACAGCCUUCGUAUUGAUACAGCGACUAGUUGUACAAGUGUAUAUACAUAGUAUACAGUGAUGAUUGCAAAAGAUUCUUGGUUU